GGAAGCACGUGCGUCUCUCACCCGCUCUAGCUCCGGAAAAUUGACGUUCAACGUAAUUCUGACGUACAACGUGAUUCUGGUAUUAAUUGGGUCGGUAAAAUCGGUUGAGAUUAGCAUAGAAAUCGUUUCAGAUAAACGAAUCCGCUGUGAAAAUUACUAUUGGUGUGGUGUAACAAGACUUUUAGUGAUGUGACAGUGUUUUUGUGGGUUGAACACGACUCCCAGCCGCAACGGGACCCGAUUGCUCCAAAGAGUUAUGGAUUAACUCGAAAUACGAAGAAAGGAAUACGUAAACGGUUUCAAUAAGAAGACAAAGUUAGAGCAAACGAUGCAACAGUGCUGCCAAGUCUGCGAUUAGUUUCGAUGAACUAAAAACUUCAGAAGAUCAAGCUAAUGGAUUCGACGCAAGAGAACAAGAUAACGAAGUCGCCAGCGAAGUCGAAAAGACGAGUGAUAAUGAAUGAUUAGAUUCGAGAGAUGAAUCCGGUUCGUUGAAUCGGAACGAAAUGAGUGUGAAGUGAAAUAAAAAUUACAAUAGAAUGAAUACGAAAUUCGCAGAAACGAUUAUAAUGGUUGAAAAGAAAAACUCUAAAUGUAAUUCGUUAUUUUAUUCGGUUCCAAUGAACGGUGUAUUGUGAAGUUAAAAAGUUUUUGUUCAGUCAGUAUUAAGAUUUGAAUAAUUGAAAGCAACUUUAGUUUAAUUUAACAGAGAGUAUUAAAUUCAAAAGUAAUCUGCUGAAUUUCUGAGUGAAUUUGAACGUGAUAGUGUAAAAGAUAAAAUGUACUUUGUGUUGGUAACACUAAAGUGGUUAUUGCGUAAAAAGUGUGUAGUUGAGUGAUCAAAAUGACCCCGAUACUGCAAGUCCUCAUCGCCUGCGUCAUCGUGCUGUGCAUUGGUGCAGCCAACACCCUGAAGGCCCUUCAAAUCCACGUGCCCAAGGCAGUCCUGACCGGCACAGAUGCGGAGCUGAGCUGCAGCUAUGAGCUGGAAGGCGCUCAGUUAUACUCCAUCAGGUGGUACCGGAACAUGAUGGAGUUCUACCGUUUCGUGCCUAAGGAGUCACCAGCGACGAAGGUCUUCCCGGUUGCGGAGAUCAAAGUUGACGUCGCUGCAUCAGACCAGAACAGAGUGGUGCUGACCGAUGUGGAUAGAACCCUAACAGGGGAGUACCAGUGCGAGGUGUCGGCCGACGCGCCUCUCUUCCACACGGACAUAAAGGCUGCUGAGAUGGUGGUUGUGGAACCUCCUCUCAUAAGCCCGAACGUGUCUUCAGACCGCAUGUCCUAUGUGGGAGGGGACCACAUUAGCGUCAACUGUUCGUCACCUCCCUCUCUCCCUGCAGCCAACAUCACGUGGUACGUCAACGAGCAGAUGGUCCCAGGCUUCACAGCGAACCACGUGACGAAUUUCAGUAACGGCUACGCCUCCAGUCUCGCGACGCUGGAGCUGGAAGCUGCAGCGUUGUCGCCCGUGCCUACACUUAUGAUACGAUGUGAAGCGUCGAUAUUUGACGUGUGGAAAUCGACGAGCCACACGAUCAUCUUGAGAGAGAGAAGUGCCAACCCUGCUUCUGCGUUAGGAAGAAGUUUUACGGGUGCCGCAACAGAAACGUGCUUACCAACAAUAAUGGUAUUAUUAUUACAAAUAUUCUUACAGUUCUUGUUAGGUAGUUACACGGAAACCUCGAUUAGAUAG